AGCGGGCGCGGAGCGGAGCGGCCAUGCCGCGGGUUCUGGGGCUGCUGUGGCUGCUGCUGCCGGGACUGGCGGCGCUGGAGCCGCUCAGCGUGGGCUUGGCCAUCGGCGUCGCCUCCGCCCUCACCGGUUACCUCUCCUCCAACCCCCGCUUUUACUGCCGAUACGUGGAGUGCUGCCCCGGCGCCGGGCACCGCCUCAACGCCGCCGCGCUGAAGGCCCAGCUGGAUGCCAAGCUCUUUGGGCAACACCUGGCCAAGGACGUGGUGCUGAAGGCGGUGACGGGCUUCAACACCAACCCCAGCCCCAAAAAGCCGCUGACCCUCUCGCUCCACGGCUGGGCCGGAACCGGCAAGAACUUCCUGAGUCAGAUCCUGGCGGAACACGUCCACCCCGCAGGUCUGAGCAGUAAGUUCGUCCAUCUCUUCCUGGCCACCCUGCAUUUCCCCCACCAGGAGCAGGUCAAGGAGUACAAGGAGCAACUGCAGAACUGGAUUCGGGGCAACGUCAGCGCCUGCCCCUACUCUGUCUUCAUUUUUGAUGAGAUGGACAAAAUGCACCCAGGCCUCAUGGAUGCCAUCAAGCCCUUCUUAGACUACUAUGAGCAGGUUGAUGGGGUAUCCUACAGGAAAGCCAUCUUCAUCUUCCUCAGCAAUGCAGGGGGUGACUUAAUUAAUAAAGCAGCUCUUGACUUCUGGACAAGUGGAAAGAGGAGGGAAGAGAUUCAGCUGAAAGACCUGGAGCCCAUGCUGUCUGUGGGAGUCUUCAAUAACAAGAACAGUGGACUGUGGCACAGCAGCCUCAUUGACAGGAACCUCAUUGACUACUUUGUCCCUUUCCUACCCCUGGAGCACAAGCAUGUGAAGAUGUGUGUCAGGGCUGAAAUGACAGCCCGUGGCCAUGCUGUUGAUGAGAAGAUUGUUCAAGCAGUGGCUGAUGAGAUGACAUUUUUCCCAAAGGAUCAGAAAAUCUACUCUGAUAAAGGUUGCAAGACUGUCCAGGCCAAGCUGGAUAUUCAGGAGGACAUUGCCAUGAGCAGUAACCAAGCUGAGGGCUGAUCACCCUUCAGGUCUCCAGAGCACUUCCAGAGCUUUUGGAAUUCUGUGUAUUUGCACUCAAGUUUUUUUUGUUUUUUUACUGUUGCAGGGACUAUAUUGAAAAUACCAGAGUGAGCUGUGUGGGCUUUUAAGUUGUUGGUUUUUUUUUCCUUUUAAUUUAACAUCCCACUGUUCAUCUCUGAAGUGGCUGGUAUCCAAAUCUUACCCUUUUAGCCUUCUUUUGAUAUGUAGAGAAUUUCUGAAUGGGUCACAUAUGUACCAUUGGGUACAGCCUCUCCCAGUUUAUUCCUGCAAGUUCUUGGAUUAUUAAGUACUCCUAUUUCCACACAAAUUAAGAAGAGAGCAGCAGACUGUGAAGCAUCCUUGUUUUACAGCCAAGCAUCAGAAGGACAUGAUUCUAAUUUUAUGUCUGAGCUGUGGCAUCAUAAUCACAUCUGCUACAGUCACAUGGAAAGCCAUGAUGAAGAGCACAGUGAAAUCUGUUACUAAAUAGCAGGGAAAGGGUGAGGGGGUAACUGCUUGUCCCUGUGCUGCUUUUGGGGAAAAAUAUUUUUUUAAUGUUCUUCUGACUUAGGAGGCUAAGUGAAUUUGUGUGGUAACUGCAGGGUGUUUGUCUUAAGAAGAAGGAUCCAUCCAAGGGAUCUGGAGUGGGUAAUGCAAUCUUCACCUUUGAUAGCAGAAGUUAUUUUUAAUAAUGUAUUUUUAUACUGAAGUGUAAGCAACAGCAAUACAAAGCUCUUUCUAGAGGGCCACAAGAGAAGGGAGUAUGGGAGCAAUCAACAAUCCUGUAACUCUCUAGAUAAGUGUGUUUUAUAGUAGUGGUUUUUAAGGAUUGUGUGGAAGGGUAAAUGAUGGGUUAGAAAAGCUGGGAAAGAUGAUUUAACCUUCAUCCACUUGGUAAGGCUGGGCUUUAGAACUGUAUUGCAAAUUUAACUCUUUAACUAUCCAUCAGAGUAUGUAGUGCAAGACUGAAGUGCCUGUUACUUGUUGGCUGUAGUGGGUUUUUUAAAUUGGUGUAAGGGGUUGGGCUAUUUUUGUGCUGCAGCAUCUACUCCCUUUUGUACUUAAAGCUCUAGAAUUCAAUACUAUUAUUGAGUAUAUCAUGUUCAAAUUACAAGAGAGCUUUGUAUGUUAAGCUCUAAAUUCAAAGUGUCAAAUUGCCUUUUACAGCCCUGUGUGGAAUUUGGCAAAUGGUGGCCAACUUCACACUGAUGCAAUCUCCAGAGCCAAACAUAAGCUACCCAUUAACCUUGGGACAUUGGACUGAUGCUUUUCCUGGAUAACACUUUGCCAAUUAACCAUCUUAUUCAUAGGUGUAAAUGCUGCAGCCAAUUUGAGUCACUCUGCCAUUUUGACACACUAAAUAUUCCUACUGUACCAUGGCUGGAAUAAAUCUUAAGUCACUUUU